UGAUUGCCACUUCAAGACCCAGCAAUGAAGCAGAAGUUCAAUUGUAUCUUGUACUACAGCGAGCCAGUCUCUUGGCCUAUUAUGACACCUUACUAGAAAUGGGAGGUGAUGAUGUACAACAGUUAUAUGAAGCAGGUGAAGAGGAGUUUCUUGAGAUUAUGGCUUUAGUUGGUAUGGCAUCGAAACCGUUGCAUGUACGCAGAUUACAGAAAGUCUUGCAUGAAUGGGCCAAUAAUCCAACACAAUUUCAAUCAGCUAUAUUAAGUGGUUCAUCAAGUUUAUGCGAGACACCCACAAAGCCCAUAAAUGCAUAUAAUCCUGCCGAACCUUCAACCUCUUCAUUAACACGCUGUAAGUUUCUCAACUACAAUCCUACACCACCUUUUAAUCCAACACCACUCAUAAAUACAGCACAAACAAGUUCCACAAAUUUGCUCACGCAAAUGUGUACACCCGCAAUCACAGUACCAGUCAUACAACCACAUACACCAUUAUCCCUGCCUACAACUCCCACCACACAUCAAACUACUGGUAGUACCGCACAUCAGGUUACUUCCAGUUCGCCACAAUUAACACCCGUGUUAACAGAUGUACAAGUAACACAUAUCACACUUGGUGCAGAAAAUAUAGCACGUAAGUUACCGAAACGUGAACCACGUGCGCAGACUUCUAAAAAGCGUACAAGUCGCGAAUUGGAACAAGUCAUUGCUAUGCAAGAAAGUGAUCCAAGACGAAUGGAGGAGAUUCGUAAGUACUCAGCGAUUUAUGGUCGUUUCGAUUGUAAGCGACGCCCUGAGAAACCCUUAACAUUUCACGAAGUUUGCGUUAAUGAGGCUGCCGCACAAUUAUGCCGUCUUGUGCCUGCACUUCUUACACGUCGUGAUGAACUAUUCCCCUUGGCGCGUCAAAUAGUUAAAGAUGCCGGUCUAGGACAUUCUGCAAACAUCUCAAGAUACGGUGGUCUUUUACCACAAAUGCAGGCACAAGCAGCAAACAUACAGAGAUCAACGGUAGUGGUUGAUUGUGAAUCAAGUGACUCUACAGUGCCAAUAAAAAGACAGCGAUUGUCGUCCACUGAAACUAAGUCCUCUGCUGACUUAAGUCGGGUAAGAAAUAAAGAUUCAAU